CCGCCCGCCGGGUGCAUGCAGUGCGGGCGCCCCGACAUGGUCUGCGAGACGAAGAUCGUGGCCGCCGAGGACCGUGAGGCGCUGCCGGGGGCCCCGCAGGACGCGCUGCUCGCCGCGGCCGGCGCCAGGUGGCCCCCGCUGCCCGCCGCGCCCCCGCCCGGCCCGCAGCCCCGCGGCGGCGCGGGGGGCGCGGGGGGCGCGGGGCGCGGCGUCCGCAUCCGCGAGUUCCGCGCGGCCGAGCAGGACGCGGCGCGCCGCAUCUUCUACGACGGCAUCCUGGAGCGCAUCCCCAACACGGCCUUCCGCGGCCUGCGCCAGCACCCGCGCACGCAGCUGCUCUACGCCGCGCUGGCCGCUCUGUGCUUCGCGCUGACCCGCUCGCUGCUGCUGACCGGCCUGGUGCCGCCGCUGCUGCUCGCGCUGCGCUACUACUACAGCCGCAAGGUGAUCCUCGCCUACCUGGACUGCGCGCUGCACUCCGACAUGGCCGACAUCGAGCGCUGCUACAUGAAGCCCCCGGGUUCCUGCUUCUGGGUAGCCGUGCUGGAUGGCAACGUAGUGGGUAUUGUGGCUGCGCGGGCCCACGAGGCGGACAACACAGUGGAGCUGCUGCGCAUGUCGGUGGACUCGCGCUUUCGCGGCAAGGGCAUCGCCAAAGCACUGGGCCGCAAGGUGCUGGAGUUUGCCCUGCUGCACCACUAUUCGGCCGUGGUCCUGGGCACCACAGCUGUCAAGGUGGCCGCCCACAAGCUCUACGAGUCUCUGGGCUUCAGACACAUGGGCUCAAGUGACCACUAUGUGCUGCCGGGCAUGACCCUUUCGCUGGCUGAACGUCUCUUCUUCCAGGUCCGCUACCACCGCUAUCGCCUGCAGCUGCGCGAGGAGUGAGCUCGCGGGCUGGCCACCCGCCCUCCCGGCACCCCCAGACGCUCACUUGGCGGUUCUCCUCCGGCAUCGCACUCGGUUCUGGCUGGUUCUCAGCGUGCUGGGCUGUUGCUCAUCUGGGACACAUAGGGGUGGGGGUUGGUUCGCAGUGUCAGCGCCCCCUGCCUCCCUGCCUUGCCCUGAAGAGGGACUGGAGGGCUCCAACCCUGGCUCACUGUUGCCGCCACCCCAUAGCCGAUGGGGAAGGCUCCGCAGGGCCCUGUGCCAGGAGGGCUCCUGGGCCACUGUGCCUGGUGUGGAGGGUGGCGGGGCAGCUGUGCGGGGUGGGGGCCGAGGGCUGGGCCGCUUUGCUCUGUGCAUGCUGAAAGUGUGCUGGGCUGCAGCAUGCCGCAUGCCCGCAGCCUCCCAGACUGGCUCCAGGCAGCCAGCACUCUGCCGGGCCUAGCCACCCUCUUCACAGGAGCCCGAGGCCACCCACCCCCCACCCAACCCCACCCCGGGCUUUGCUUUGAAUUUGUCCUUUCCUUUCCUUUGGUCCCCUCUCCCCCUCCCUGCCAUGCCCCCUGGCCUGGUCCUCACCCAGGAGUGGUUCCCAGAGCAGCUUGUCACGGGGCAGUGCCCAAGGGUAGACGAGAAGGCUCCUGGCUGCUGCACUGGCCCCCUCGACUCUCGCCAACCCAGCGGCUGACACCACAAGCCCACAGCUUCUUCUUGCCUGAAGCCGACCCAUUUUCCUAGGUCACUUAGACAGAGUAGCGUUCUGCAUGCCUUUAACUCUCGGACUAAUCAUAGAGGGGCCUGCGGCACCACUGUGCCCGAGAGCUUGCGGGUUUCUGGCCCAACGUGCGGGGUGGGUGGCCGGGUGGGUGGAAGGUUUCUGAGUUGGGAAUUGGGAGAAAAACACCUUGACCCAGCCCAGGCCUGGGAGGCUCUGGCCACCCUCACUCCUCCUGGCCCAGCCACGCCACCCCUCUUCUCCCUUCACCUGGGCUGGUGGUGCCCUGGGGGGUCGGGGUGGAUGUGCCUGCGUGUCCUGGGCCCAAUCUGGGGCAGGAGGGGCCACAGUGGGGGGGCAGACACCAGGGACGCAGGCUGGGCCCCUGUCCUGUACAGCCCCCCCUACCUGUAUAUUUCCCGGCGGCGCCCGGCCCCCACUGGGUGGGGCUUUGUAGACUGUACAGAAAUCCUAUUUUCUUGCAGCUCUCAGAUUUUGUUAAUCUGGAUUAUUCAGACAGACAUAAAGUGUUUUAGCAAAAUGGAAAACAAA